AUGCCGAACCAAUCAAGUCAGUUUGGUAAGCGCAAGAAGCAGGGACAAUGGGCUCAAACACGCAAAGGGACUGAUAUUGAGGCUGGAGAUGUUGGAAUCUUUGUCACUUGUGAUAUUGGCAGAGAAAGCAAAUGUGUCGCCGAGAUCACCGAUAUCCUCUCACAGAUCGUAGAAAAUGAUGCAAAGCCGGAAAAUGAUAAGGACUCUGAUGAGGAUGAUGCAGACAUUGAAGCACAAAUCCGCAGAGAACUCGAAGGCUUGCAGCCAAGCAAGAAAAAAACACGCCCAGUUCAAGCCAUGCAGCUUGAUAUACCCUGUGUGGUCUUUGCGCGGUUCAACGAUAAGUCGGUGGAUCCCGUUAAGAUUGUCCACCAACUGUGUCUCGAUGCACAAGCCAAUACGGAUACAAAGAAGAGCCGAUACAUUAAGCGCUUGACCCCUAUCACAAUGAUUAAAAAGACCCUUAGUGUGGAUUUGGAGGUUUUUGCGAGGGAGGUCCUCAAGCCACACUUCCAUUCAGGAGGCGGACCAAAGAAGUACGCUAUUCGGCCUACAUGCCGAGGCAAUCACAAGCUCAACCGAGACAUCAUCAUUAAAACCGUCGCCGAUGUAGUCGGUCCCGAGCAUCCCGUCAACUUGAAGGACUACGACCUUAUGAUCCUGGUCGAUGUUGUGCAGAAUGUUAUCGGAAUGAGCGUUGUGGGAAGCAACUAUGACCAAUUGAAACGAUUCAAUAUUGCUGAGAUCUACGACCCCUCUCCCAAGGGGGAAGAAACACCGGCACAGAACAAGGAGGCGAAAGUCUAG